AUGGCAAAUAUCACGAACCAGGUGGAAUCUUCCUGUCCCAUUGAAAUACGGGGCGAAUACAGCAGCAGUCUCGGGCUGGUGUUGGCAGUUCCUGAAUGGGAGGCAGCGAUAACAGCUACAGUGCUUUCUCUUAUCAUACUGCUGACCGUUGUGGGAAAUGUUCUGGUCAUUCUAAGUGUUUUCACAUACAAGCCACUUCGCAUAGUUCAGAACUUCUUCAUAGUAUCCCUUGCUGUGGCCGAUCUCACAGUGGCGUUAUUAGUGCUUCCUUUCAACGUGGCGGUUUCUAUCCUAGGACGAUGGGAGUUCGGAAUUCAUCUUUGCAAAAUGUGGCUGACCUGCGACGUUUUGUGUUGCACGUCGUCUAUUCUCAAUCUGUGUGCGAUUGCUUUGGAUCGUUAUUGGGCGAUCACUGAUCCCAUAGAUUAUGCGCAAAAACGGACGUUAGAGCGCGUUUUGUUAAUGAUUGCUGGAGUUUGGGGUCUUUCACUGAUUAUCAGUUCUCCUCCAGUGUUGGGGUGGAACGACUGGCCUGAUGAGUUUACAGCUGAUACUUUAUGCGAGCUGACUCAGCAGCAGGGCUAUGUGAUAUACUCUUCGCUUGGUUCAUUUUACAUACCAUUAUUUAUAAUGACUAUAGUCUACAUAGAGAUAUAUAUUGCAACAAAGAGGCGAUUAAGGAAGAGGACGCGGGCUGCCAAGUUGAAUACGAUGGCAACGAGGCAGCGUGCACAAACGCCACCACAGGAUCGGGACUCUGUGAGCAGCGAAACAAAUCACAACGAGCAUCCUGACCAAGGAGAUGGCAAGAACAAUGAUAAAGUUAAGAAGAAGAAGCACAAGAAGAAGCGUGUCCAGGAAUCGACGGCCAGGAGCGAUUCGCUGACCGAACACCACGAACACUCCUCGUGCUCGCCGGUGCAAGGAGUUUCGGGCAACCCAGGCCCGGCCGAGAACACAGGACAAAAUCCCGUACUCCUUAGUGUACCAGCACCAGUCAAAAAACCUCCUGCGGUGUAUCAGUUUAUUGAAGAAAAACAACGAAUAUCUCUUUCAAAAGAACGGCGAGCAGCCAGGACGCUCGGAAUAAUCAUGGGAGUGUUUGUCGUCUGCUGGUUACCGUUCUUUUUAAUGUAUGUUAUCUUGCCAUUUUGUCCCAAGUGCUGUACGACGAAAAAACUAAUCAACUUCAUUACAUGGCUGGGAUACAUAAACUCGGCGUUAAAUCCAAUUAUAUACACGAUAUUUAAUUUAGAGUAUAGACGAGCGUUUAAAAAACUUCUCGGAAUUAAAUAAACUAGUACGACGUGAUUCGGUGUGUCUCGCAGACGUGAGUGCAUGUGUGGUAACGAUGAGUGAUAAAAGACAAAAUAAAAUAUAUUUAAGUUAAAGUGUACUAUAUAAAGUAAGUUCAUCGAUUUUCUGAACGUAAUUGCUUAAUGAUCAUUAUAAAUGGAUUUUAGAUGUAAGAUAAUUUACAUGUAGACCUUUUAUUCUAUAGAACUCAUAAAU